GUACAGCGAUUAUUCCGAUUGAAAGCAGUAAGAGCGAGGCUAACGUAACGCCCACCACGUUGCCUGGUAGCGAGUCUAGCUACUUGUGAUGCUGUCAUCUGAUCCGCCCUGCGCAGACGGGUUGCGCAGUGGGUAGUUGCAGGCUACAGGUGCAGCAGGUGCGAGGAAUGGUGACGAUAUUUCACCGGUUUUCCGUCAUGUUUCCGUCUUUUUCUCCGCGGUUUUCGCCGUAACGCCUUACCGAGACGCUGCCGAGGUGCCAUGCGGGGACCCGGGCCCGCCCAGCGCCGCCCAGCCGGCCUGCUAGCCCCCGGUAACUGAGCGGGACCAGCCCGCUAACCCCGGACCGUUACACGGCACCUCACAGGUGCGAGCGGCGACAGGUGCGACGUUUUGCCGUCAGGAGCACCUCAGCACGACGUCAGCAGCGUCAGGUGGGCCGCCGAACGUCGCCGCAGUACGUCAGAAUCCAAGAUGGCGGCGAAGCGUGGUGAUCCCAUGAUGCACGUGGAGACGCGUAGCCUGGGUCGGAGGUCGUUGUCGAGUAACGUACGCCGUCUGCACGACCAUCUGAACGUUUCUCUGGACGAGGCCGAGCGGCAGGAGUUCGUGCAGGCGCUGAACGAUUAUCACUACAAACGGAACGUGUACGACCUCGUGUAUAACCUCCGCAUUCUCCUGGACACGCCCGAAAAACGGCAGCUUUUCUCACUGCUACGGAAGGUGAUCCCGAAGUCAGACCAGGCCCUGUUUGACAUGCACACGUCCGAAGCGUUUCUGUCGAAGGCGCCGGGGAUCCACCGCGCGGCAAGCAUGCCCGUCGCGUCCGGCCGCCCGCUAAGCCGGGGGAGCGUCGAACUCCUAAACCGUCCAGUCAGCACGAUAUCCGAACCGGAGAUGGCCACCACGCGAAAACCGCCCGCCACCGCAACCGAGCCGGAACUCAAGACUAAACCUACAAGAAAACGAACGAGCCGCAGAACUUUGCGACGGACUCCUCAAGACGUGCGUAAGAUCGUGAUUAAGAAACCGGCGAGUUCUAAGGAGGGGAUGGGGUUCUCGAUCCGCGGCGGCUGGGAGCACGGCGUCGGGAUCUACGUCUCGUGCGUCGACCCGGAAAGUCUGUCGGAGAAGGAGGGCCUUCUCGUGGGCGAUCAGAUCUUAAGGGUCAACGACCUGAACUUUGAGAAAAUGACUCACGAAGAAGCUGCCAAGGUGAACCUGGUAGUGGGGGAGGGCAGCUCACUCGGCCUGAUGAUCCGCGGAGGGAAAGAGUUUGACCUUGGGAUCUACAUCACAGGGGUCGACCCCUACUCCGUGGCAGAAGAGGCAGGACUGAAGGUGGGAGACCAGAUCCUGGAUGUGAACAGCGUGAACUUUCUCAGCAUCUCCCACGACGACGCGGUCCGCAUCCUGAAGACGUCCAAACACAUGAUGAUGACCAUCAAGGACGUCGGGCGGCUUCCGUACGCCCGCACGACCUACGACCGCACCCAGUGGCUCAUGGGAGACCAGCUGUCACAGCAUCAGGUCGCUGUCUUCAAGGACAAGAAAAAGUCAGAGGCCGAGGAACCGGCAAAUUCUGAGUACGAUGCUGACAGCAGCUCCGCAGCCAACAGCACCCUGCCCAGACGGAGGAAGGACACAGAGAGCAAAAAUCGUAUUUGGGAGCAGCUUAGGACAUCAGUAAUCGGCCUGUUCUCUAAACCCAAGCGAGCGUCCGUUGCCGGGGGCGAUGGCCCCGUUGCCAGGGGCGAUGACCCGUCUGUGCGUAAUAAGGACACAGAUGUCGAACAGAGUUCUGUGUUCUCCAGGGGCAUGGCGCCGGGGUCGCAGGUCAUGCUGGCGAGCUCGUCCACGAGCGUGAGCCACGCGCGGCGGAUGAUCGAGGAACAGGCGCGCUCGCUGCUCUCCGACAACGAGAGGGGCACCAUGGGAUACUACCUGAACGAGUACGAGCGGGGAAACAUCGACGUGGACGCCCUGGUGAUGGCACUGUUCGAGCUGCUCAACACACACUCCAAGUUCUCGCUGCUGUCGGAGGUUCGAGCCGUGGUCGCCCCGCGGGACAUCGACAGAUUCGAUACGCUGGUCCUGAAGCAGGAGGUCGAGUCCAUGAAGGGCGCGCGACCCUCAGACUCCGGCUUCUCUCCCGACCGACAGUCCGAAAACUCGCUCAGCAGUACCAUCUCCAGUACCAACAGUGUCAGGACCUCCAGUUCUGCUAGGGAUUCCCAGAACGAGGCAGGGUCGCGACCUAUCACCCCCCCUCAGGUCCCUAAUGAACUCCCACCUAAUGUCAAGCUAAAGCACGACGGUGAGGGUUCUGUGGAAGUUUUGAUCGACCACAUCAACGACGACACACAGGGUCUGCCUGACUUCAACCUGGAUGACUACUUGGAUGAGUCCGUUGGCCCGGAGAUCUCCAUGGAGAUCCCGACGCCCGAGGAGUUUGAGCCGCCGCCGCCCCCCUCCCACGCCCCCCUCCCCGGCCGGACGGCAGGCAGAAGGUCCAGGCAGAGGUGCACUUUAACGGGGCAGCAGCCGGAAAGCUCCCACGCUCCCCCUCCCCGGCCGGACGGCAGGCAGAAGGUUCAGGCAGAGGUGCACUUUAACGGGGCGGCCGCCGGAAAGAGUGCUCUGAAGCCCGGUAAGGACCUGGCACAGCAGUCUAGUGUCAGUGAGGACAGUGGAGUUGACUUGACGCUCAACAGUAACUCUGGCAGCAAGGAAAGUAACUUAGUGUGGCCUCAUCCUGCUAAUAACCCUCUUCCCCUGCGUGCCUACCUUUGUCCCCAUCAGCGAAGUUUAAGGUCUCUCACAGACGUUCCCGGGUCUCUCACAGACGUUCCCACUAACCCUGUCUGCCCUUGUGUCCCCAGUGUCACCAUAUCACCUAACCCUGUCACCAUCAGCGAGGUUAGGUCUCUCACAGACGUUCCUAGGUCUCUCACAGACGUUCCCGGGUCUCUCACAGACGUUCCCACUAACCCCGUCUGCCCUUGUGCCCCCAGUGUCACCAUAUCGCCUAACCCUGUCACCAUCAGCGAAGUUCACGAAAACGCGUACGAGAGCGGGGAAGACUCUAAUCUCCACAAUGCCUCGUUCCUGACCGCUAACGAAUCUCCCGACUCCUCCUUCCACUCUGCUGCCAUGGAAACCCCACCCAGACUGACCAAUGGCAGGGAGGCGCCAGACGCUGUGCCCAAAUUUGGCAGAUCGCCGUCGCAGAUGACCAACGGGCUUCAGGAGGAAGACGUGAAUCAGAAAAGACCCGAGGACGACAGACACAGCGACCUUCCAGACAGAGGUCAAGGGUCACCCACCCAGUGGAAUGAGAGGGACAGAGGUCAGAGGUCGUCACCCCCAGUGAAGCCCCAGGAGCCGCCACCCCCGCCGCCCCGAAUGGACAUGGUCAACGGGACAGGAACUGCGAGGGGAGACAGUCCCGCGGAAACGAUGGUUUCCAGCCCCAGCGUGAACCACCCCUACCUAGUCACAGUGCCAAAAGUCGCCCCCACGCUGGGCAUAGCGAUCGAGGGCGGGGCCAACACCCGGCAACCGCUGCCCAGGAUCAUCACUAUACAGCCUGGCGGCUCAGCUGACCAAUCAGGGGCCCUGCAGGUAGGUCAUGUGAUCCUGGAGGUUGACGGCAAGUCUCUACAAGGCCUGGAGCACAAAGACGCCGCGCGGGCGAUAGCGCAGGCCUUCCGAACCCCCGCCAAAGACUAUGUGCAGUUCCUUGUCAUGCUGCAGGACAAGUCAUAGUAGUGGUCAGACCUGGUGAACCUGCCUGCAGUACCAAUUGUAACAUCCAGGGGCGGUGCUUCACAGUGCUGCAGGACAAGUCAUAGUAGUGGUCAGACCUGGUGAACCUGCCUGCAGUACCAACUGUAGCUGCCAGGAGCGCUGUUCUCUACAGCUGCAGGACAAGUUACAGUAAUGAUCAACUAGGAGACCUGGUGCUGCAGCACUUCCAGUGGUUGGUGUUGGUAUUGCAGGCAGGUUCAUUAGGUCUCCAGCUGCAGUUGGUACUGCAUAGUAAGCAGCGCCCCUGGCAGCUGCAGUUGGUACUGCAUAUUAAGCAGCGCCCCUGGCAGCUGCAGUUGGUACUGCAGGAAAGUGAGCAGCCCCCUGGCAGCUGCAGUUGGUACUGCAGCAAUGUGAGCAGCCCCCUGGCAGCUGCAGUUGGUACUGCAACAAAGUGAGCAGCGCCCCUGGCAGCUACCAUUAGUACUGCAGCAAUGUGACCAGCUCCCCUGGCAGCUGCAGUUGGUACUGCAGGCAGGGGCACCACCUGUGACUAACUCAUUGCGUACUGCUCAGCAUGUCCAGAGUUUGGGCUGGAAACAUUUCUGUUGUAAGAAUCUGCCAGUCCAAAACCACCGUAUACUGGAGCUACACCGGGCUUCCGACUCAACCUCAGUCAGUUAUGCCCCUGCUGGCAAAUGUGUUUGAAUAUUAUUUUCUACUGAAGCAAUGUCUGGACUCUAGUGAUAAGUCAGUGUCUAGCUUAAUUAUUGGUACAGAAACACUGCCAAAAUGGUCCCUUUUCAGUUACUAACUGAAGAUUGAGGUGGUGUAAAAAACAGUAUCAGUGGAGCAGCUAGUUGAAAACUAGACGAUGACAAAUCUUGUCAAGUUCAGGCAGUCAGUUACAUUUCGUAAGUAACCUUGUCCAGGGGCUGACCUUGACCUCUGACCUGCACAGCUGACCUUGGACAUGCUGGGUAGUGCCCUUUAACCUUUCUCUACAUGUGACUCCGAUGUAUGCCAUGUUUCUAAAUACUAAAUAUUAGGAUAUAGGCUAGGCAAGAUGUGGAUAUAUAUAAAUAUAAAUAUAUAUAUAUAUCAGUGUACAUAUUAGAUAUAAGUUCAUGCAAUAGCAAAGACGCUUGCCCCCCUCCCGCUGCACUUAGAGCUUCUAAACCACACCAAGUUGUUUCUCUGGUUCUCAGAUAUUUCCAAGCGAAAUUUGAGAAAGGAAAACUUAAAAACAUACCAUGUUCUCCUACAGAAACUGUGCACUAUGUACUUAAGUGAGCAAAGACUCUCACUUCAGACUCUGUUGCAGUGAUCUGAUAUUUUCUGCAUAGUUACAAGAACCAGAGAAGUGAUUUAGUGUGGCCCACCACGCAAUACGUAAGGCUGCAAUAUCUGUGGCAAGCUGCAUGCUGCACCUGGUGAGAUAUAAUAUGUACAAUCAUGGUCUAUACAACACACGGUGAAAUAAUAUAUAAAAUAUAAAAUCAACACACAACACACGGCGAGAGAAAUAUGUACAUGGUGAACACAGAAAUACCCCACUUAAAUCUCUCCUGCACAGAGUUUUAGCCAUUAUCAGUCAGUUUCUAGAAACUGGUGGAAAUGUUUUUGUUUUUUUCAUUCUAUAGGAUGAUUGCUGAAGUUUGUAUCCCUAUGCCAGUCAGGACAUGGCCAUACUUGUAUCAUAGUGAUAGAAAGGAAUUAAGAGGUCUUUUUUUUUAUAGAAUCUUUCUUAAGUUGCAAGAAACCGAAAGUAAAACUUAAGAACUUUCACUUGUUCCGUCCAAGUCCAAGUCUGCAGCUAAACCAGGAGAGCUGACUUAAUUUUUUGAUGGAGUCGAAGUUUGCAUUUUUAUAUUUUGACAAAAUUGAUUUGAAUGUAUUUUAUAACGUGUGUUGAGUAUGUUUUAAAGAAUAGGUAGGCAAUUAUUAAAUGUGUGUUUUCUACUAGACUUUAUAAAACCAUGUGGAAAAUUUCUUCCUUUUAGUUAGUU